CGUUUUGCUAAUCAAACGAUUUAUUUUCUAUAUUAUUUUUCGGUUAUAUCCAAAUUAAUGCUCCCAUUUUGACCAAUCCUAUCUAGAAUUACAAUAAAAGGAAAUCACAUUUAUUACCCUCUGUGUUUGGUGAAUAAAUUGUUUACCAUAACCCCCCAAAUACUUUACCAUAAAAAAAAAAAAGAAGGUCUCCACUCCUUCACAACUCUAAUAAUCUUCAGCCACCAAACACCUCCUUCAGUCACUCCCUCCCCUCCGUCUCUCUCUGGCGUAGUAAUGUGGCCACAAUGGCUAAGAUCACCGAAAAAUUCUCCUUCCACACCAAACUCACCGAGAAAUUUCUCUUGUUCAUCAUUCAAAGAUAUUCACAGCAUCUUAAGAGAGGAUUUGCAAUCUAGAUCCAUGAAUUCUAAUUCACGACGCCAGCCAGACAACCCUUCCAUUUUCCACCGUGUGCGGAUGCUCCCCUCCGGUAGCCGGAACGGCAAAAUCCGCCACGCGGUCUCUCUGUCUCAGUCAUUCAUCUCACCACCUGAUGAUCGUCGCCAUCAACGUAUCACCAUCUACUUCACCAGCCUCCACGUCGUCCGGAAGACUCAUGAGGACUGCAAGAUCGUCAGAUCAAUCCUCCGCGGGUUCCGCAUUCCGAUCGACGAGCGCGAUUUGUCGAUGGACGCUACUUAUAUAGACGAGCUGCAAGGGAUUCUCGGAUCAAGGGCUGUGAAAUUGCCAAGCGUUUUCAUUGGUGGGAUAUACGUAGGUGGGGCCGAGGAUAUCAAGGAGUUACAUGAGACUGGAGAGUUGAAGCAGAUGAUUCGUGAAUUGCCCCAUGUGGACCCCAGUAUGUGUGACGCGUGUGGAGGGUUGACGUUCGUUUUGUGCGAUCAGUGCAAUGGGAGCCACAAGAUCUACUACGAGGACGUUUGUGGGUUUUUGCCUUGUACGGCUUGCAAUCGCAACGGUCUGAUCAGAUGUCCAUCAUGCUACUCCGUGCUGCUCUACCGUGGUUGCUCAACUUAUUGAGGAUACAAAUCCAAAGAAGACAAACUCAAUAGAUUUCUGAUUUCCCCUCAAGGUUUCUUAGCGAAACACAAGAAAAUUAGGGAUUAGGGUCAAUUGUUUGUAUAGGUUUACAGUAAAGGAAUCUCAUGUUUAAUUAGUUACCAAAGUCACAAUGAUUCAGUGGGAUUUGGAGGCUCUGCAAUUCCUUAGAGUCUACAAUUCGCAUGGUUGAGAAAAUAUCAGACAAACUUAAAAAAUGAAAAAAUAAAAAUGUGUUGUGAUAUGACACACCUCCAAAACCAUUAGAUUCAAAUUGUAGAUUUUAAACAAAUUAUAGAGCCUCAGAUUUGAUUCAGUGAAGUUGAAUUAUGUUUUAGGUACGAGGGGAUGUACUACAGGCCCCAUUUAUCCUUGUAAUAGUAAU